UGAGAACAUAAAAAUGUGUGUCAUUAAAGUUUAGAAAACAUGAUAAGAUAUCUGAAGAGCUACGUACUUCAAAAAUUCAUGAUUAGUAUAGUUUAGGAUUAAACAGCUCGUAUUUUGUAUACUCAGUUAAUUUUUGUUUCACAUACACUUAAGCUGUUCAGUUAUGUAACUUACUUGUGCUCUUCAUCAACAAUAAACUUCUGAAAAGAAAGAUGGCUGCGGAUGAACUUGCAAUCAAGACAGUUGGACUCAGAAAUCGAACUACAUGGCAGAAAACUAUUGAAACUGGAGCACUCGUAUUAUCUUGGAUGGUGAUGGGUAUGUACUGUGAAACAUCUGGACCUACUCUCAUUGACCUAAAGUACAGACUAAAUACAAGUUAUGAAGAUCUCGCUGUGGCUCUCUCUGCGGCUGGUGGCGGGACCUUUCCGGGGUGUAUAAUUGGUGGUUUUCUUGUUGAUAAAUUCAGCGGGUACAGUCACUUGACGCUCGCUCUGGCUUUGGAUAUUGCAGCAGCCUCAGUAGUACUUAUACCCUGGGUUCCAAACGUGCAGUACUUAUGGAUUCUAAGUUUCACUACUGGCUUUGUUCUUUCUAUACAUAAUGCAGCUGGAACGCGCAUUAAUUUGAACAUUUGGAAGGAAAGUUCGGCUUCACCAAUGAUACUGAUGCACUUAGGCUAUGGAAUCGGGUCUUUGAUAACACCUCUGUACUCGAAUCCAUUUCUUGGAGUUGAGGUUCAAAACGGCAAUGAAAGUGUAAUCAUGUACAGUAAUACCAGUACAUCAAUAAAUACGACAAAUGUUUCAUACUCAACUGCAGAAAAGUUUUCUCUCAAUAAUUCAAGAGUUGAAUAUGCAUACGCUAUCUCAGCUAUUGCAACUGCAGGUCUUUCUGUUGUGUUUUUCGUCUUUCAAUUUAUCGAAAACAAAAUUGUAAAACAAUUGAAGGACGUCGAAACUAGAAGAAGAUCUGAUGUGGAUAAUGAGCGUAUUAGUGAAAUACAUAACGAAACCGACAACGAACAAUUUAAGUUUGACUCAGAAGAAAAGGAUGACAAGUGUAAUAGAUGCAAAGGUUUGCUGCAAAUGAUAAACCCUGCAUCUUGUGCGAAAGGGAGAUUUUGGUACGGGACAAGUAUAUUAAUUUUUAUGUUUUUCUUCUUCGGGAACGUUGGAGGUGGACAAAGAGUCGUAACACAGUUUAUUCGAAGUUUUUCCAUAGAUCAGCUUAACUUCUCAAGUACAGACGGUUCGCUAUUAAACACAAGUUUAUGGAUAAGUUUUUCUGUUGGUCGCUUAUUUUUUUUCGUAAUAGCUAGAUGUGUGUCUGUGAAAGUUCUACUUAUCUUGGAAACAGGCGGUUUUAUGUGUUCGGCAAUUCUAAUGGCUAUUUUUGCGAAUGGAAAUUCCACUGCAUUAUGGGUUCUUAUUCAACCAGUUGCCUUCUUUAUUGGACCAUUGUGGCCAACCGGUGUUGCUUGGACAGAUUAUCACAUAGAACUGACUGGUAUGGGAAUAGCAUCGCAAAUGCUUGGAUCAUCUGUUGGCUUUGUAUGUCAUUUGCAAUUAAUAGGGUAUAUGUAUGAUAAUAUAGGACCGCAGACAUACGUUUAUCAUGUGGCAGGUAGUGCCAUCUUUGGGUUUGUUUUAGCUGUAGCCUUAGCUUUAAUUGGUGCUAAACAUGGAAACAGGUUUGAUUCUGGAUCUGUUGAUUUGACAACUGAAUAGAACGAAAUAGAUGCAGUGAAGACACUUGUGAAACAAAACGAAAAUUGUGGCUCGUUUCAAGACUUAUGUAUUUUUCGAGGAAAUGCCUUUGUAAAUAAACAGGAUUAAGUGGAUCAAACAGUCACAAAAAUAACGCAAAACCUACUAAAUUAGGUGACCUGUUGGACACAAGCCACAAGAAUAACAUCGCUGAAAAUGCCAUAAAAUUAAAUUGUCACAGAAAAUAAAGAAAUGAUGUAGAUGAUAUAAUAUUGUGAUGGUCUUGUUUUGAAUUAUAUUCGCAAACAGUGCCUCUUGCGAGUUGUAAACUAUAGUCAAAAAGCAACCAAAAUGUAAUACAAUAUUCUUUACAUUUAUAUCCAAGUAUUAAAGACAUUAAACAUCAAAUUACGGGACCAAACAAAAUUCUAGCACACAAAGUCGAGUUACUGUAAACAUUGUAGUCUUGUUUAGAAUAAUUAAUUGCUAGGAUGUAUUAUUUUGUUGAACCGUUUUCUUUUCAGAUACAUCAAGGAAAUAUUUUGUUCUUCUUUUCUUGUAAAACACCUUGAUGAGUUUUAGAAAAGAACUAUCGAACAAAGAAUCAGAAAAGAAAAAGGAGUCAACAUAGCGUGGCACACGCCAUAUGUAAAUGCGUGAUAAUAAAGUCGGAAAGGGAUA